AGAGAAGAAUAGUUAUUUGGGUUGUCAGGUGUCAGCAGCAAACUCGAUUUUAUACGUCUAGCCUAUGGAUAAUUAUGGUUGGAAUUUUCUUGCGACUUUUUGACCGUAAUGAGUAUUCAUUCGUGUUUAACAAAUAUAUUUUUUAAUGGCAGUUAACGUUCGUGGCCCCUAGACGAGACAACAUGCCCAAAUUAUCUCUGUAAAGCAAACUUAGCCUACUAAAAUGGUGUUUCAGAGAAAAAACUACAACAGGACACAAGUAUCCUGAAUGGCCAGUCAUAUAGCCUAUAUAUUUUAAGACUUCCAAGAGCGUUGGAUGGAAAUACACAGAGUGGGCUAGGCUACCUACAGUCGGACUAGCACGAGUUUGACACAACACCUGAACUACUGCGUGCUUCAAAAACACAGCUGAUUUUUGAGUUUAUCGAAACCUCUGUAUGCAACGCUGUCCACCAAUUAUCUUCAAAAUGAAUACGAUACUUCUGUGUAACUUUGCGAAGUUUAUUUUAUGCUGGAAUGCAGUUUACCUACACGUUUACGCACAGGUUCAUCCAGAGGUCGGCCUCACAGCACAGGAGCAGAUGUACCUACUGUAUGAUGUCAAAGUUGAGUGUCAUCAGAACAUCUCUACACACAACCCUGCAGAUUAUCUUUGUCCCCCUGGCUGGGAUGGUCUUAUCUGUUGGCCCCAGGGAUCCCCCGGAGCGCUAACCAAGGUCCCCUGCCCCAGCUACGUCUACGACUUCAACCAUCAAGGUCAUGCAUACAGGAAGUGUGACGUCAACGGUUCCUGGGUUUCUGUGGAGGGGUUGAACCGAACGUGGUCCAAUUAUUCCGACUGCUUGAGAUUCCUUUUACCUGGUCAAGAGGAGGAAAAGCAGGACUUCUUUGACCGGCUGUACGUCAUGUACACCAUUGGAUAUGCACUGUCCUUCAUCUCUCUUCUAGGGGCCAUUGUCAUCAUCGGCUACUUCAGACGCCUCCACUGCACUAGGAACUACAUCCACAUGCACAUGUUCAUGUCCUUCAUGCUGCGUGCCGUCAGCAUCUUUGUCAAAGACAAGGUGGUCCACACCAACGGAGGUCUGCAGGAAUUUGACACAGCGCUCAUGGACAACUACAAGACCAUCUCUGCUAAGCCUCCUGACAAAUCCCAGUUUGUUGGAUGCAAGAUCACUGUGUUGCUCUUCAUUUACUUCCUGGCAACCAAUUACUACUGGAUCCUAGUAGAGGGGCUGUACCUCCACAGCCUCAUUUUCAUGGCCUUCUACUCGGACACCAAAUACCUGUGGGGCUUUACCCUGAUUGGAUGGGGUGUCCCUGCUCUCUUCGUCGCCGCCUGGGCUGUUGUCCGGGCAACGCUGGCAGACGCACGAUGCUGGGAGUUAAGUGCGGGUAACAUUAAAUGGAUCUAUCAAGUUCCCAUCCUUACAGCUAUUGGUCUCAACUUUAUUUUGUUUGUGAAUAUUGUGCGAGUACUGGCCACAAAAAUCAGAGAGACGAAUGCUGGGAGAUAUGACACUCGGAAGCAAUGCAGGAAACUGGCUAAGUCCACUCUAGUGCUGGUGCUAGUUUUCGGGGUCCACUACAUAGUGUUUGUGGGCAUGCCACACUCGAUCAAAGGGGUCGGAUGGGAGGUCCGAAUGUACUGUGAGCUCUUUUUCAACUCUUUCCAGGGAUUCUUUGUGUCCAUUAUCUACUGCUACUGCAAUGCAGAGGUCCAGGCAGAGAUCAAGAAGACCUGGACCCGCUGGAACCUGGUGUUCGACGGGAAGGGACCGGCGGCAUGUGCCAACUACCGGUACGGUCUCAACCAGACCUCUACCAGUCAGCCGCAACCGCUGGCCGUGAUCUCGGGCACCGCCUCCCUAUUCUCCAGCCACGUGUACCGCAGCAGCCAAGCCAGGCACAGCGUCAGCACCCACACCACCUUGCCCGGCUACGUGUUCAGCAACUCUGAGGUGGAUAGCCUGCCCCCAUCCAUCCCAGAGGAGCCAGAUGAGAGAGCCAAGCAGGUGGACGACAUCUCCCUCCGAGAGUCCUUACCUGUGGUGAAUAACACCAGCAUAGGAGAGGACUUGGAGGAGACACUGUAGAGAGAGAGAGUAGGGGGAAAGUGGGAAUGUACAGCUGACAACAAUUGUGUUUUAUUUUUUUUUAAUGACAGGACAGCGGGAAGGUAGAGCAGGAGAUACAAGAAUGAGGGCCACAAACAAAAAGUGGCUGAGACCGAACUCAAGACCCGAAUCCGCAUCGCCAAGGCAAUAUGUGGUUCGGAGUUGGCAGCCUUACGACUCCGGCAGAUAUCUUUGAUGUUUUGCGGCUACUAUAUAUCACCAUAUCCUUAUCUUACGCCAGAUAGCGCUUAAGAUUUCCUGUUUUUUUCUAUAUGAUCAUUGGUUCUUAUUUUCAUGGGCUGUUAUUUGUCACUGAGUGGUGGCUAGACAAUCAGACAGGUCUGUGGCUAAAUAUGGACUGGAAGUGCUGCAGCUACAGACUAGUUUGUGUCUGUCAUUCGUAAUGCUGAGGACAAUUACAGUUACUUCAGAAAGUAUUCACACCCCUUGACUUUUUCCACAUUUUGUUGUAUUACAACCUGAAUUUAAAAUGGAUUAACUUUAGAUUGUCACUGAUCUACAGUGAAAUUGUACAUGUCUACAUGUCAGUGGAAUGAUGUUUUUAGACAUUUUUACAAAAUAAUAAAAAUAAAGCUAAAAUG